AUGAUAUUUCAAGAUCCUUGACUGCUGUAUCUAUGUGAUGAUUGUGUUGUUUAUGUUGUGAUGAAGACGAAUAACCUAUUUCAAGGCCCCGAUAAUGUAGAUUGUAGAUUUCUUAAUAUUAUAACUGAUUUGGAAGCAAUAGUGUCCGUAUACUAGUAGUCUGAACUUAUACUAUAUACAUACUUACCUUAACUGCAAUGUCAAAUAAAUAUCCUCGUGUACUAUCUAUUCAGUCUCAUGUUGUGUCAGGUUACGUGGGAAAUAAGAGUGCUGUUUUUCCUUUACAGGUUUUGGGUUUUGAAGUAGAUGCCAUCAACUCUGUUCAGUUCAGCAACCACACCGGCUACCCUACUUGGCAUGGGCAAGUGCUAAACGAGACUGAAUUAGAUGAACUUCUGAAGGGCUUGCGGGAGAAUGAGCUUGACAGAUACACUCACCUCCUGACGGGCUACAUUGGCUCUGCCUCGUUCCUGAUGCGCAUCGCUGCACUCGUUAAGCAUUUGCGGACGGUGAACCCAGAGUUGGUAUACGUGUGUGACCCGGUGAUGGGGGACAACGGGCACAUGUACGUGUCGCAGGACCUGUUGCCGAUAUACAGGGACACCAUCCUGCCGCUCGCCGACAUCAUCACCCCCAACCAGUUCGAAGUGGAGCUUCUUACGGGGCAGAAGGUGUCUAGCAUCGCGGACGCGUGGGAGGCGGUGCGGUUGUUCCACGAGAAGGGCAUCGACACGGUGGUGCUGAGCUCCACCGACCUGGGCACUGACGAGCAGCUCCUGGCUCUCGCCAGCUCCACCCAGGGUAGCUCGGAGACGAAGCUGAGCAUAAACUUCCCCAAGUUCUCGGCCAUAUUCACUGGGACGGGGGACCUGUUUGCGGCGCUGCUGCUGGCUUGGAUGCACCACUCUGGCGGCGACCUCAAGUUGUCUCUCGAGAACAUCAUCUACACGAUGCAGGCUGUUCUUGCCAAGACGAUGAAACAUUCAGAAGCCUGCUGCGAGAGAGGUUCGCCAGCGACUGCGAAACACAGUGAGCUGAAGCUGAUCCAGAGCGUCAAAGAGAUCAAGGAGCCGUUGCCGACCAUCCUGGCCGACAGGCACUGACGUGACGGCCGCUGGUUCCUCGAGGUAGUGGCGGAGGGCGAAGUGGAUCCCCCACCGUAGUAGGGUUCAACGUAGCGAUGUAGCUCCGUGUUGCUUGGCCUGCCGCCUGAUGAGACACCUGUUCGUGGUGUAGUGGCUUGAGGUGUUAAGGUGCAGCUUAAUCUACAGUAUAAUAGUUGGUUAAAAUGUUUACAGGGUUUGAUAAGAGAAAUUGUUUUUAAGAAGUGUUAAAAAUUUAAUGACCAGAAAUUUAAAAUUACUUAUGUCAUGAACUUAAAAACAAUUUUUCUUGCACAACACACACUUUUAAACUUAUACACUACACAGAAUGUACGCAAGAUAUUGCCAGUAGGUAGGAAUAUUACAUUAUAUUUUUAGUAGCUUAUUUUUUAGAUGAGUUUUAUACAUACCUACAUAUUAAGUCAGUUCCUAAAAUAGGUUUGCCUAUCUAUAUGCCAAUUAGUGAUUCUCCUUCCUACAUUGGAUUUAAUUCAUUGAUUACUAAGAUUCUAAAAUUAACAAUUUUUAAUUUUCGAACCUGUCUGGAUCUGUUUACUGAAAUACAAAAACUUUUUUUUAUUUAACAAAUAUUACAAGCCAGCUUAUAAAGAUAGGGUAUUGUUAUUUUAGUUAUGAAGAGAGCCAAAGUGACCAAAUGAUUGCAUUUAUGCAUAUAAAGGCUGGUUUGUGUAUAAGAUGUUGAAUUAGGUAUUGUUAAUUAUGUACAUAAGGUGGGAGGAGAUGUUUUUUGAUACCACCCCCAUCUCUCUUCUCCCCAGCAUCUUUCCUUCAACUAUCCCUUCAUUCAAAAAGCCACCGAAUAUAUAUUGUAUGUGCUUACUGAUUGUCUGGUACUAAUUGGCUAAUCAGUGGCCCACAUGGAACAAGCUGUGUUGAUUGGCGGGUGCUGUUGGUCAUUCAGAGACAAUUGUUUUUCGUUUUAUGCUCAUUCUGCUUCAGCAGCUUUUGAAGGCGUGUACUAAAAUUCUGUUCGAACACACCAUUCCUCCCAGUUUCUGUUUGAAGGAUAUUUUUUUAAAUAUUUUCCUAGUUUCUGGUAGUUUGAGUUAGUUUGUUAUUAAAUGGGUCAUAUUCAGUGCGGUGUGGUGCUCUGCACUAGCUUCUUCGCUGAAACCGGACUUGGUAAGCUCAGCCUUCACGGUGAAGGGUGCCUCGGGCAGUAGAGCUCCACAGAACCUCGGUAGAUGACUGUGCUGAAGAUGGCAUUUGCAGUGUCUGCCAAAACGUUGGACAUUAUCCUUCAUUCGUGAAGCUGCUAACAUACACAAAGGUGGCAAAUUCAGUAUGUGUAUUAAUCAGAACAUCACAUCAGACAUCAUAUAUCAUAUUAAAUGGAACAAGAGGUAAAUAAUAAAUAGUUAAAAUAGAAAUAAAGUUCAUUAUAGUAUUUAUGCUGUAACAAAUUUUAUUAUCCUAAGAAAGCCCUGUAAUGGUAGAUAAAUUUUAAGGAAUUGAUGGGAUUGUUUCUGAUCCACCAAAAAAUAUAAUGUUAAGUUGUAUAGUACACCCACCCCUUGAAGUAACACUAUAUUUUUUCCAGGAAAACAAGAUUGCUAAUCAAUAUACAUAUUUUGUUUUGAAAUCAGAUAAAUGUGCCUGCUGACUACCAUUUUAAAGACACUGCUCCCGGUAUAAUCAAUUUACAGUUCAGAUAUAUGUCUAAAUACAUUUGAAAUCCAUUUAAAUAAAUGUUGAAUAACAUUUUGAGGUUUAACAACCUAAAUUUAAAUUUAAAAAAAAUACUUGUUUACACAAUACGGCUUGGGCAUAGCAUUCCUAAAAAUGCGCUAAUAACAUUUCUGAGUUAUAAAAUAAUAACGUUACUAAUAUAGGUGAUAUAUUUCAGUGCCAAUAAGAAUUUAAAAAAAACCAUAUUGUAACUUUUUCUAUUAUUAGGAAAAUUGUUUAACCUGUUAACGUAACUCCCGACUCUAUUGUUUACUAUUAUUUACCACUAGCACAUUCUAGUAUGCGCGAGGUAGAGGUAAACUAGCCCAGAAAGCUUCAGUCUGUUCUCUCCAGAGCUGCUGCUGACAUACGGGAUGGCGUAAUAUAAAUGUCGUCAGAGAUAAAUAUGCGAUGAAGGAAGCGAAUAGCUAUUGAGGAAAGAGAAAAGUAUUGUUUGUUGAUCUGUCACAUUAAUUUGUUGCAUUGUAUUUAAUGCUACACAAGUGCUACACACAUAAAAAAAAACAGCGCUACUUCGAAUUUAUGGAUGCGAACUGUUGGCGUCAUUAGUUCAAAACCGCACUAAACGAGCAGCGUUACUUCAAGUGGUGGGUGUACAGUAAAUUUAAAAAAAAGUCAUAGUAUCCUAAUUGAUAAAAUGUAUAUCACAUCCAAGGGCUUCCAUAUUAUUUUGUAUGAUUAAUGUACACUAGUAAUAUUAAUAUGUAGGAAUAAUUUUUUUGUGAUCAAACAGAAUUUUAAUUAGAUAUUAAAUAUAUUUUUUAAAAUCUAUUUUAUUUCAAACAUACGCUUUAAAUGAAAAGCAGAGUAUUUUAUCUUGCGGUGAAGUAGCCAAUAUAAAUUCUUAAGAAUGCAUUUUUAUUUAUUUAAAGAUUACAGUGAAACCCUAAUUUCAUUCUAAACCAUUAUUUCCAAGAAUUUUUGUACUACUAUGGAAACAUGGUUUGUAUGUAUUACACUAAAACACUACUUUUGCAUUUUUUUGUUUCUUUUACAUUUUCUUUGUAGAUCUGUAUGAUAUUAGUUCGAGCAUUAUUCUUUUAUUUAAAAUGUUCAAGAAUUCAGACCUUUGUAAACACUUGUAGUUUUUAAGUAGUAUUUUUGCACGCUGUGUAUGUUAAGCAGUGUUAGCAGUUUGUUGGAGAUUUUGGAUUUCAUCAUUUUAAAUGGCCACAAGCCUAAGUGUGUGGAGAUAUUCCUGUAAUUCUUGGCAGAGCUCUUUAUAAUAGGAGUUUAAUUAGAAUUACUUUAAAUGGAAAUUUUUUGUAGUAAUGUCAUGUUUAUUUGUUUUAUUUUUUAAACUUUAUUUUUAUAUUUUGGUUGUAUUAAUACUAAUUUUAUAUACAUGAAGAGUUUUAAAUUUUUGUAGCCCUUUGUGCUUUUGUAAUUUUAGAAACGUUUAACAUAGUGUAAUAAAUAUUUUGUAACCCUGUAAAAUUUAAUAAUGUUUUAUUUUACCAUAAAUUGCCUUUGCAACAAGAAAAUUUAAUAGUUUAAAGUUGUUGUUAAUAUUAUUCAAAUGUUUUUGUUGUUGAAAAUAAUAUUAUUAUAUAUAUGUAUAUAAUGUUGUCAUGUAUGUAAAAUUUGUGGAGUUAUGUAAAAAAAUACAUUCCAUUUGUUGUAUACCAAAAAAUAUUAAAAUUUUUUAA